UUGCUGCAAAAUGACUACAUAGAUCAUUUCUGAAUAGAAUAUCUGGACGUACAUGCUACAUCGGCUCCGUCUCGACAUCCAUCCUCGGAGUGGGGCAUCAUCAUCAAGCAUGUCGAUGAUUCCAUACAAUGAACGAGGUCAAAAUUCAUCCCAGUCGGCUGAUAAUCCAACGGAUUAUGGCGCAGACAAUGAAUCGCUAACUCCGACAGAAACCGAGGAUAAAGCUACUCCUGCUGCUGAAAGGACUAGUAAUUCCUCGAAAAAGUACGGGAUCGAGCCUCAUUCAUUGAUUCAUCCUUUCCAAUGUCCGCUCUGCUCUCUACCGCUUCGAGUACCCUUUCGUCUUCCAUGCGGAAAGACUAUUUGUCGCUCUUGUUUACCACCAUUGAAGCGACGAGAAGGAAUCACGUAUUUACGGGGCAGUGGUAGUGACGGACGACGAGAGGAAGGGUUUAUAUGUCCCUGGAAGGAUAAAGGAUGCGGAAAUGAGCGUGUUCCAGCUGAGCAUGCGCUUGAUGAUUGUGGAGUUGAUGUUGUUCUGGGUAGGAUUUUGGAUGUUUUUGAGAAGGUGGUGAAAGAUUUUGAGGGUGAGAAGCAACAGGGGUUUGAUACUGAUUUAUGUAUGCGAUGGAAGAUGACGUCCGUUGUUUCUGUGACUGGGGAUAGCCAUGGGAUUGAGGUGGGAAACGACGACCACCCAGCAGAACGGGAAUACAAAGCUACCUUGCGCGCUGGACGCUACUUGGGUACAUACCUGCUCGCUCGGGAGGGACGUUUACCCUACGAUGCCAAAGAUGUCGUCUAUUACGACAAGGACGGCGUUAUUGUUGAUGAGGAGAAACCACUGAACGAUGGCCCAAGCACCAAAUUAGAUGAAGUCAUCUUUGAAAAACUCGGAAACGGUAUCAGGGAGGAGCUAGAUUGUCAAGUAUGUUACGGACUGAUAAUUGAUCCCUGCAUCUCAUCGUGCGGCCACAGUUUCUGCUACGAAUGUGUGAAUCGUAUCAGAGACAAUUCAAAUCUCUGCCCCCUCUGUCGGAAAAAGAUGUAUCUAUCCUUCCGCGAAGGGUCGAACCCAGUCCACAACGUUCUACGUGAUCUACUAAAUUCCUUAUUCCCCGACGAAAUCAGUUCUCGCAGGGAGAUCAUCGAAGAUGGGGCAUACGAUGAAGAUGAAUUACCUCUAUUCGUGUGUACCCUAGCUUUCCCAUCAAUGCCGAUAUAUUUGCAUAUCUUUGAACCGCGGUAUCGUCUUAUGAUUCGUCGAGCUUUGGAUUAUGGGAAUAGCAGAUUUGGUAUGGUUAUUCAUUACCUAUAUCAUGGUCUUGAUGCGCAAAGAUUCCCGGAUGCACCGCCCCAGCCGUUUAUGCAAUAUGGCACAGCUGUUAAGAUUGAAUGGAGGGAUUUCCUACCUGAUGGAAGGAUUAUGUUGACCGCUGUGGGGACACAUAAGUUUAGAGUGCUUCGUUAUGAUAUUCUCGAUGGGUACUAUCGUGCUCAUAUCGAGCGUGUGGAUGAUAUCAGCCUUGCAGAGGAAGAGGCCCUCGAGGCACGAGAAUUAGCUGCUGCUGCGGAUACAACGAACCAACAGCAAAGCGAGUCAUCAUCACUCAACGACCUAUCAACUCAGCAGCUGAUGCAAAUAUGUAUGGAUUUCCUCGAAAAGCAGCGCACAAACUCUGCGCCAGCAGUACGUGACAGAGUCAAUCGGGCGUUUGGUCAACCGCCUACAGAUCCAGCUAUUUUCCCGUAUUGGUUUGCGAAUGUCUUGCCCAUACCGGAUGAAGAGGCAUAUAAAAUUUUACCGUUGACUAGUGUGCGUGAACGACUCAAGAUCGCAGCGACCUGGCCGCAUAUGCUUGAAGCUAGCGGAUGGAAGUAUAUGGAACUGAUCAAUUCAACAGGUCAAUAUCAACCUCCUCCUGCACGAUCUUAUGACUCCUAA